GGCGAGGUGGGGGGGGGGCAGAAACCGAAGCGGGGAGGAGACAGCCAGCCAGCCCGCCCGCUUCCUGGAGGCUGGCGGUUGUGUGUGUGUGUGUUUGUGAAAGUGCGCGCGCCCGCGCGCGCUCCUGUGUUUUCCCAACCUACCUCUCCGGCAUUCGCGGCAACCGCCAGCUCAACCCCAGGAAGAGGGACUCCUCUGCUCAUCCGCCGGCUCCCGGUUCGCCUACCAGUUGCCGGCCCAUGAGGGAUUGUGGCAAUGUCUGCGGUCUGGAGCAACGGCUUACCGCCAUCCUAAAUUGCCCCCGUCGAUUAUGGGCUGUAUUGGCUCCAAAACCCCCAUCGUGGCUGUGGACAAUACGUUGCACGUGGAGUGGACCGAGGCGAAAUCCUUGCCUGCCCUCUCAUCCUUGGGCCACACUCGGACCUCACUGGUGCGCAGGUUGGUGCGUCAGAACUCUGUGGACAGCCAGGACUUUCUCGAGGUAAAUGUUGAAGACACCAUCGAAAUGCUACCCAAGUCCCGGCGAGCGCUCACCAUUCAGGAAAUUGCAGCCCUCGCUCGAUCUUCUUUGCACGGUAUUUCCCAGGUGGUGAAGGACCAUGUGACCAAGCCCACCGCUAUGGCGCAAGGCAGGGUGGCCCACCUGAUCGAGUGGAAGGGAUGGUGCAAGCCCAUCGAUUCUCCUGCCACCCUGGAAAGCACUUUCAACUCUUAUUCGGAUCUUAGUGAAGGAGAGCAGGAGGCCAGGUUUGCUGCAGGUGUAGCCGAACAGUUUGCCAUUGCCGAGGCCAAACUCAGAGCCUGGUCGUCCGUGGAGGGGGAUGACUCCAACGAUGAGUCUUACGAUGAAGAUUUUCCUACUUCCGGUGAAACCGCCCAAGCAGCUGAUGCAGUGGGCCAGCUCCCCACCAGCACCCUCUUGAAAGGUUUCUUGCACAGCCGCCUGUGCCACCUGAGUUCCCGACAGGGUUCUUGCGACCCGGAAAGCGAAUCCUCUCAAUCCACCAUCUCCCCAGAGACCUUGUGCUCCAGUCUCUGCAGCCUUGAUGAGAGCUUCCUUCUCAAGGAGUUGGGCUCCCCUUCGGAACUUGCCGCCAAACUGCUGGGCUCCAUGUCCGGCGGGGAGGACGUGCUGCUGUCCAAGCCCACACAGACUCCCGGAGAAUGUGCCUUCCGGAGCCUGGCACACCUGGAGUGCCAGGACUCUAUGUACUCCAUGUCCUUCACCGAGUCCUGCCUCUCGCCCACGGAGGAGGAGGGCCUUCCGUGCAAGGACUACAAAGUCCACGGGGACAGCUGCCAGGUCCGGAGAAAAGUCUCCGAUGUGGCCUCCUCCGGCGUGGUGUCGCUCGACGACAACGAAGAUGACGAGGUUGACGAAGACCCGGAGGAGGACACCAAAGAGCCGUGAAUCCCGCUCCGUUCCGUGGCAUGCUUCACCUGCCAUUUUGCCCCGCUCCAUGGCACCUUUCGUCCACCCAGCUCCACGGCCCAUCAGUUGUCUCAGCGGGAUGGUUCCUCCCCCUCUGGAUGAAUGAAGGCAGCAUGGGCAGGAGUGGCGGGUUCAAAAGCUCCCCCUCCCAGGCCUUCCUGAGCGCCACGACGCCACCAUUUAAGCCUCAGGAGUUGCUUAGCGGCUUCGUGGAUUUUGCCUGCUGCAUUUUUCUCUCUUUUUCUCUCAUGGCCUGUUUUGUUUCCUUUGCAUGGGAAUGUCUUCGGGGCAGGGUGAGGACGCCGAGCAAAGAAGGGCGACGCUGGUGGGAGUCACCACAACUCAGGGGAGGCUCGGGGAACACUGGGCGAAAUCCAGUCGUGGUGCCCCGGGAAUCAGAGGGGCCCUCGUGCGCUGUCCAGGUGGCAUGGCUAACGCUCUUUUAAGCCAAAAUCAUUUCUCUUCUUCAGACUACGAAACUCGACAGACGUUCGAGAUUACCUGUAUGCCCCCUUUCCCAACCCGGCUCCUGUGGUUUGUGGCAAAGAGCUGAAACGGGACGUGAAAUGCAACAAGAAUGUGCGAUUUGUUAUGCUUUUUUUAAAAAAAGAAAAAAAAUCAAGAAAAAAAAAA